CAUAGUAACCACGCCCAUCAGUAACCACGCCCAUCAGUAACCACGUGGAACCAGAUGGCCGAAGUUGUUUCCAAGAUUAAGUACAGUGGUGGGAGAGGUAGAGGGGUUUUGGGUGCUUUUAAAACAAAGGAGCUCGGUAAUAAAGCUGCCUCUGAGAUCAAAGUAGAGAAAAAAGUUGAAGAAAAGCAAGAUGAACCUUGGCUAAGGAAGAAGCUCUUAGUUGCCAAUAGUUACACUGCUAAUCCUGAUUCUCCUGGCGGAUUUACUGAGCUCACCAUCAAGAAGGGUGAUAUUUUGGAAUUUAUAUCAGAACAUAAAGACAACGAGCAUUGGUGGGAGGCUAGAAAUGGAGACGGUAUGAUUGGGUAUAUACCAUCAUCAUACGUGAUACUAAAGGAAGAUCAGGUGUUGCCCUGGUUGGAACAGAGUGAAUUGGAGUCUCGUGAACAAGAGAGACAGGAGCGUUUAAAGAGACAGCUGCAACAGAAAGACCUUAAUCAAGGGGUUGGGUUCGGUCCUCCUCCAAAACCUUCUCAAAAACCAUACGUAUACGUAUCAGCAUAUAACAGGCAACCAGAGAAACCCACUCCUGAUUCAUCAGCUACUACUCAAAAGCUUUUCUAUUGCGAAGUAUGUGAGAAGUCAUUUAAUGGUCCCAAGCCAUACAAAGCUCACAUGGCAUCACGUGGUCAUAAAGAAGAAGUGGAGAAUCAGGAGUACGAGAAGAAGCACGGCUACUAACUAGUAAUCCAAUAUCAAUUGUAUAAUCAGGACAUUGCAUUAAAUCACUCUUAUAUUUUAUCAAACGCACACAUUGUGAUUCAUAAUCAAUAUUAUUUUAAUUCCAAUGGCUUCACAGAA